UUCCACUUCAAUAUUCAUUCAACAAAUUUACAAACUACUACUACUAAUAUUCAAAGUCUUAGCUUCUUUUUUUUACCAAAUUAGCAAAUAUCCGCUUCAUUUUGUUGAAAGUUUUUGAUUCUAUUAGAAGAAUUUUUUCAAAAGAUGGUGUCCAUUUCAAGCAAUAACCAAAAGCAGCAGCUUCUUUCAAAGAUAGCAACUAAUGAUGGCCAUGGAGAGAACUCAGCCUAUUUUGAUGGUUGGAAGGCUUAUGCAAAUGACCCUUUUCAUCAAACAGAGAAUCCUAAUGGUGUUAUACAGAUGGGUCUUGCAGAAAAUCAGCUUUGCUUUGAUUUAAUCCAAGAAUGGGUGGUGAAUAACCCAAAAGCCUCCAUUUGCACAGCUGAAGGAGCUGAAGAUUUCAAGGAUAUUGCUAUUUUUCAAGACUAUCAUGGCUUGCCAAAGUUUAGACAAGCAGUAGCAAGGUUUAUGGAGAAAGUAAGAGGAGACAGAGUCACAUUUGAUCCAGACAGAAUAGUGAUGAGUGGAGGGGCAACUGGAGCUCAUGAAACGCUUGCUUUUUGCCUCGCCGAUCUUGGUGAUGCAUUUUUGGUUCCUACACCAUAUUAUCCUGGAUUUGACAGAGAUUUGAGGUGGAGAACUGGUGUGCAACUUUUUCCAGUUGUUUGUGACAGUUCUAAUGAUUUCAAGGUCACUAUCAAAGCCUUAGAAGCUGCAUAUGAAAAAGCUCAAGAAUCCAAUAUCAAAAUAAAGGGCUUACUUAUAAACAAUCCUUCAAAUCCAUUAGGCACUAUUCUUGACAAGGACACUCUCAGAGACAUAGUAAGUUUCAUCAAUUCGAAGAACAUCCACUUAGUAUGUGACGAAAUCUAUGCUGCCACGGUCUUUGAUCAGCCUAAAUUCAUCAGCGUUUCCGAAAUAGUAGAGGAAAUGAUUGGGUGCAACCAAGAUUUAAUCCACAUUGUCUAUAGCUUGUCCAAAGAUUUGGGAUUUCCAGGAUUCAGGGUCGGAAUUGUUUACUCGUACAAUGACACAGUAGUGAACAUUGCUAGAAAAAUGUCGAGCUUCGGGCUAGUUUCAACACAGACACAACAUUUGCUUGCAUCAAUGUUGUCUGAUGAAAUUUUCAUUGAGAAAUUCAUUGCUGAGAGUUCGGAAAGGCUCGGAAAAAGGCAAGGGAUGUUCACAAAAGGACUUGCACAAGUUGGAAUCAGCACAUUGAAGAGUAAUGCUGGUUUAUUUUUCUGGAUGGAUUUAAGCAGGCUUCUUAAAGAACCAACAUUUGAAGCUGAAUUAGAACUGUGGAGAAUUAUUAUUAACGAAGUGAAACUUAAUGUUUCACCGGGUUGUUCUUUUCAUUGCUCUGAACCUGGUUGGUUUAGAGUUUGUUUCGCAAAUAUGGAUGAUGAAACUAUGAGAACUGCCUUAAGAAGGAUUAAGAACUUUGUGCUUCAGACAAAGGGACAUAAUAAUAAAGCUACAAUCAAUAAACAAUGCAGCAGGAAGUUUAGCAAACUUCAAAUUAGCUUAUCGUUUCGACGCAUGGAUGAUUUCAUGAACUCACCAGCUCACUCUCCAAUGAGUUCGCCUUUGGUCAGGACUUAAAGAAAAAACAUGGCUUAGCUUUAUUCUUGUUGUUUGUCUAAUAAGAGGAGAAAAAAAAUCCUUUGUUAUAGUGAUGAGUGAUAGGUUUGAUAUAUACUAUAUACAUUAAGUAUUUGAUUUCACAGUUCAUUUCAUUUUGUGCAGAGAAUGUUUUGGAUUUUUAUCAUCCCAUCAAUGCAUCAAAAUGGGAUGUACUGUGGAAUUUUCAGUUCUUGGUUUUUUUUAUUCCUUCUUGAAAAUGAAGGAAGCUCAAACUUGUAACCAGAACUUUUACUUGCAUUAAAUGUCAUGAUUUUAUUCA